GCAGCAUUCAAUCUAAUCCUUCACGAGAGAACCUCUUCUCUGUUUUCUUUGCAUUAGACAAGAAAACAAAAACUUCGCCGGAGAAAAAAAAAGGGUCACCGGAGAGAGAUUCUCUGUGUCAGGUGUGUCUUUGAUUGAUCACGAUGUGCAAUCCGACCGCCGGCAAAGUUUCGUCCAUUUCCGACAAAAAUCAACCUGAAUCCCCACGAACCCGCAUCUUCCUCGAUCUCUUCUCCGUCAAAACUUUCCAAAAAAACCCAGGUUCCGACAAGCUCGAUCCUCUGCAUUGCCAUGGAUCUCCCUCCCACGUCUCUGUCUCUCUCUUAACAGAGGCUAAAUCCCUCUUCACCCUCGCCUUCCCCAUCGCUUUCACCGCUCUCGUCCUCUACCUUCGCUCCGUCGUCUCCAUGCUCUUUCUCGGCCGUCUCGGCGAUCUCGAACUGGCCGCCGGCUCUUUCGCCAUCGCCUUCGCCAAUAUCACCGGUUACUCUGUUCUUUCCGGUUUAGCUCUCGGCAUGGAACCUCUCUGCUCUCAAGCCUUUGGCGCUCAUCGGUUCAAGCUCCUCUCCAUUACCCUUCACAGAACUGUCGUCUUCUUGCUCAUCUGUUCCUUACCCAUCUCUCUUCUUUGGCUCAAUGUCGGAAAAAUCUCUGUUUAUCUCCAUCAAGAUCCCGACAUCGCCAGAUUAGCUCGGAUUUACCUCCUCUUCUCUCUUUCCGAUCUCUUCACGAAUUCUUUCCUUCAUCCGAUCAGAAUCUACCUUCGCGCGCAAGGCAUCGUUCACCCCGUCACCUUGGCUUCCCUCGCCGGCGCCGUCUUCCACUUGCCGGCGAACUUCUUUCUCGUCUCCUACCUCCGUCUCGGCCUCGCCGGCGUCUCCCUCGCCUCCGCCGUCUCCAACCUCUUCGUCCUCUUCUUCCUCGUCGUCUACGUCUGGGUGAGUGGUCUCCACGCGCCGACGUGGACUGACCCGACGACCCGCGACUGCUUCUCCGGCUGGCAGCCUCUCCUCCGCCUGGCCGGACCAAGCUGCGUCUCCGUCUGUUUGGAGUGGUGGUGGUACGAGAUCAUGAUCGUCCUCUGCGGCUUGCUUGUGAACCCCAGGUCCACCGUCGCGGCAAUGGGCGUCCUGAUCCAGACAACCUCGUUGCUCUACGUCUUCCCGUCCUCCCUCGGCUUCGCUGUCUCGACACGUGUCGGAAACGAACUCGGAGCCAACCGCCCCAAGACCGCGAAACUCGCCGCCUCGGUAGCCAUACAUACAUACAUAUAUAUAUAUAGUUUCAGAAACUGGGACAAAGAGGCCAAGAAGGCGCAGGCGCUAACGUGCUUGGGGAACGUAGAGGGCGUCGCGGGGGCUGCGGUGGACGAUGGUGAGAGCGACGAGGCUGAGCCGUUGAUUCGCAUCACCGUGCUUUAUUAA